CUCAAUGGAAAGACAAACUAAUCAUGAACAAAUGCUUGAAGAGAUAGAGGUAAAGAUCCGUGAACUCACUGAUAAAAUCCUCAAUAUCUCUAAGAGAAAUGAAGGAUAUGAGAAACGCCUAAAUUUUAGAGCAAAUAGGUAUGGUAACGAUGAUGUCUCAGAGUCAUCGACAACCUUUCUGAAGCAACUGUUGAGGAACAAUAAGGUCAGAAUUCAGAUGUAUAAACAAGAACUGGAUAGGCUAGAAGAGCAUAGAGAUGGCCUCUUAGAUCUCAAAAGCAAAUACAAUAAAGUUCAUAAUAAAGCAGAAGAAAAGCGUAAACUUAGAGAAGAACAGCUGAUCACUGAUGAAGAGGCUGAGAACGACGAAUUUUUACAACAAAUCAAAAUUAAACUUGAUGAAGAGAAUUAUGUUAAGCAGCAGAACUGGAAGGUCCCCUCUUACACUUGUGAGGGCUGCUUCACAGAUGAGCUUGAAGAGCUGAGAGAUCUUUUACUGGAGGAAGAGACUAAUGAGAUUCUUGGAAUAAAGCGUGGCCCUUUUGCAAUGAUGACAGAUGAAGAAGCCGAGAGGAUCUUAGAUAACAUAUAGAUAUU